AUGAAAGAGGAAGAAACUAUUGAAAUAUCAGAAAAAGAAAAAGAUAAAGAAAGAAAUGAUAAUCAAGACACAUUAACAAUAUCAUGGAUUGAAGAUUGGAGAAAUGAAGAAACAGCCACCAAAAAUGAAAACAACAAAAACAACAAUAGUGAUGGUGAUAGUGAUGAUGAUGAUUAUUAUGAUGAUGAUGAAGAAAUUAAAAACUCAAGAUAUAAUUUAUUUUUAGAGAAAAUUUUAACAUUAGAGUCAAAUAGUAAUUUAAAAAAUAUAUUAAGUUUGAAUAUUAAUUUCAAAAAAGAUAAUAAAAAAUCAAAAGAAACUGAUACUGCGGCCACCACCACAACAACAACAACCACAACCACCACCACCACCACAACAACCACACCGACAGCAACAGCAAAUAAAAAAUAUAUAAGAACUAAUAAUCUUUUAAAUAAUAACAAUAGUAGUAGCAGUAGUAGUAGUAAUAAUAAUAAUAAUAAUAAUAAUAAUAAUAAUAAUAAUAAUAAUAAUAAUAAUAAUAAUAAUAAUAAUAAUAAUAAUAAUAAUAAUAAUAAUAAUAAUAAUAAUAAUAAUAAUAAUAAUAAUAAUAAUAAUAAUAAUAAUGGUGAAAAUAUAACCUAUAUUACAUCACCAUUAUCAAAUGAAUCAUUAGAGUCAACAGAAGAGUGUUGCUUCUUUUUAGUUCAUCUUCCAAUAACUAAAGAUUUGAUUUUCAAUCAAUUCACUUGUCUAUUAAUUCAUUUGUUUCAAAUUGAAUACAACAAUACAAUAAUAAUUAAUAAUGCUACAUCAUCAUCAUCAGUAAAUUCUUUAAAUAGGUCAUACAAUAAUAGUAAUAAUAAUAAUAAUAAUAACUACAAUAGUUACAAUAAUAGGGGUAAUAACUAUAAUAAUAAUAAUCAACAACAACAACAACAACAAAAUCCAAAUUUAAAGAUUAGAGAUUUAGAAGGAUAUCAAGAUUGUUCACAUUUAAAGAAACUGUGUUUAACAAUCCAUGAUUAUCUAACUCAAUUAUUACAACGUAAUCCAUUGAUUUGGUAUGACUCAAUCAUAAAUUGGUCAUUAUCAACAUUAACAAUAAUAACUAGGUUAUUAAUAAUUUUAAAAAAUAAUAAAUCACAACAACAACAACAACAACAACAACAACAACAACAACAACAACAACAACAACAACAACAGCAACAACAAACGAAAAAUAAAACACAAUUUCCACCACCACCACCACCACCAUUACGACAACCAAUAACACCAAUUUCAGCAAUGGUUAGAGAAAGAUUAGAUUUUUAUUCUUUUAGAAGUUUAUUAUCAUUAGUCUUACAUUUAACAAGAAUAUUUUCAAUUGAAACUUUUAUUGAAAAAUCAAAUGUUACUCAAUUUUUAGAUAUUACUUCCAAAAGUAGUAGUAGUAGUAGUAGUAGUAGUAGUAGUAGUAGUAGUAGUAGUAGUAGUAGUAGUAGUAGUAGUAGUAGUAGUAGUAGUAGUAAAACAAUAAAACCAAAAAAAUUACCAAUCUACGAAUUAGGUUGGAUCUUAUGUCAUUUAGGUAAAAAGAAUCCAUCUUUAAUUUUAGGUUUGACUUUUAAUCAUUAUUUAAAGAAUAUUGGUUUGAAUAGUAAUAAUAAUAAUAAUAAGGUAAAUAGUAAAUCCCAAUAUAUUCAAGAUAUAAAUUGUUUUCAAAUAUUGGAGUUUUUAGCAUUACAACCAAGUUCUUAUUUAUCAAUAAUAUUUCAACAACAUAUUGAUAAAAUAAUAUCUAAUCAUAAAAGUAAUAAAAAUAAAAAUAAUACACAAUUCUUAAAGGAUAUAAAAACAUUUUUAAUGUUAAUUACAAAAGAUGAUGUUUUUUUAAGUAUUGGUUUACCAAUAAUUUUAGAUAAAUUAUCUCCUUUUGGAAUAAAUCAAUUUGAUAAUAAUAAUAAUAAUAAUAAUAAUAAUAAUAAUAAUAAUAAUAAUAAUAAUAAUAAUAAUAAUAAUAAUAAUAAUAAUAAUAAUAAUAAUAAUAAUAAUAAUAAUAAUAAUAAUAAUAAUAAUAAUAAAAAUAAUAAUAAUAAUAGCAUUAAAGAGGAUAAUAGUAGUGAAAAAGAUAUAGAGUCCAUAAAAGAGAUAUUGGAAAAAGUUUUAUUAGGCAAUUCACAAGUAAUAUCAUUUUACUCCAAGAGAAUAUUAUUAGUAUUAUACCAUUGUUGUUUUGGUGAUAGUAAUGAUAUUACUUUUUCAUCUUACUCUACCUCCACUUUGUUACAAAUUAAGAAUCAAACUAGAUAUAAUGUAUCAAUUAAAUUGUUAACUUCUAUUGUAAAGGAUAGAUUAGAAAAACAAUUAAUAAACAAAUUAUAUUCACCCAUUUUAAAUAAUAAUAAUAAUAAUAAUAAUAAUAAUAAUAAUAAUAAUAAUAAUAAUAAUAAUAAUAAUAAUAAUAAUAAUAAUAAUAAUAAUAAUAAUAAUAAUCAACAACAACAACAACAAUCACAAGAAAUUGAAAAUAGUACAUUCAUAAAUAAUUUAAAUCAAGAUGAAAAUAUUACUUUUUAUUUAAAUCAAAUCCAAUGUAAUAAUAAUAAUAAUAAUAAUAAUAAUAAUAAUAAUAAUAAUAAUAAUAAAUUAAUAAAAGAAAAGAAUAAUAUAAUAAUAAAAUUAAUAAGUUUAAUUGGAAUGGAUUCAAUUUAUUCAUCAUUAAUAAUACUGAAUCAUAUUAUUAGUAAAUUGAAAUCUAAUCAAUUCAUUCAAUAUUUUUAUACAUUGGUAGAACAAUUUCAAGCUGUAAAUUCAAAUACAAUAGAAUUCUUUAUUAAUGAUUUGUUUAAAUCAAUUGAUUCUUUCUCUCAUGAUGAUUUAAUAACAUUAUUAAAUAAUCUUUUAGAAUUAGUUAAGAUUACACCACCACCAUCAUCAUCAUCACCUUCGAAUUUAUCAAUUUAUAAUGAAACUUUGAAAUGUAUUUCAAGUAAUUGGGUAGUUUUAUUAAAAUUAAUUAAACAUCCAAAUUUAAUAGAAUCAAAUAAAAUGAUGUCAAUAGAAAUAUUAUAUCAUUCUUUUAAUAAUAGAUAUAAUAAUAAUAAUAAUAAUAGUCAAUCAAUUCAACAAUUAGAAAUUAGUAAUAAUAAUAAUAAUAUCAAAAAGAAAGAAAUAUAUCCAUCAACAUUAUUAUCAGAUAAAGAAAUGUUAGAAAUUAGAGUUUUAUUAGAAAAAAUUUUAAAUUUAAUAUUUAAAAGUUUUAAAGAGAAAAAUAGUUUUGAAAGAUUAAAGAAAUUUGAAAUUUAUAAAAAUUUGUAUUUAUUAAUUUGUAAUGGAUCAUCAGUUUAUUUUUCAAGUACAAUUGAUUUAAUACUUGAUAGUCUUUUUUCAAAGAAAACAGAUAUGAUUAUUAAAUUACCAAUUUUAUGUGCACUUUCACCUGCAAAUACUUUACCACCUCCAAAUUAUCCUGCAAAUUUAGUAAAUGCUGGUAGUGGUAGUGGUAAUUUUGGAAAUGGUGAUGAUGAUGAUGACGAAUAUGGAGAUGAUGAAUAUGGCGCAAAUAGAAAUGAAAAGGAAGAAUUAUACUUUAAACAAAUUAUAAAUCCAUCAUUACCAUUAUCACAACCAUUAAUAAUGUUGCCUAUGCAAUCAUCCCUAUUAGAAAUAAACUAUGAAAGAAAAUAUUAUCAUUAUAAAUUUAAUGAUAUGAAUAAUCCUAAUCAUAUACCAUUCACAAAUAAACCAAAAAAUUUAAAGAAAAGAAUUGAAAAUAAUCAAUCUUCAGCAAUUGAUACAACUAAUAAUAAUAAUAAAAAUAAUGAAAUAUUAACAUAUAAAAAACAAAGAAUGAAAAAGAAGAAACAGUCAAUACAACAAAAUGGUAAUAUUAAUAAUGAACAACAACAAGAAGAAGAUGACAAUGAUGAUGCUGAUGAUCAAAAUGAACAAGAUGAUUAUGAAAAAUAUAAUAUUUUAAAUAAUGAAAAUGAUUUACAAUCAUUUAUUAAAUCAUUGGUUUUAUAUGAUGGUGGUGGUGGUAGUGGUUUUAAUAAUCAUGGAGAUAUUAAUGAUAGAUUACAAAUUUUAACAAAUCAAUUCUUAUUAAGAGUAUCAAGUCCGUACCUUGAGCCAUCAUAUGAAAACUAUCAAGAGAUAUUACCAAAACAAUCACAUUAUGAAAGAGAUAUUUUCAUUAGGAAUCUAUUUCAACAAAAUCCAUUCCUUUAUAGAGUAUUAGAGAUCAUUUCAAUCGAUGGUAGAGAAUUAACAAAAUGUUUAGAAGUUAUAAAGAGUCUAUUAGUUAAUGAAAUCUCUUAUUGGUACCAAUGUAGAAACUCUUAUUCGGAAUCACCAAUUAAAUCAUCACAUUAUCAUACUACAAUUCUAUUGGUAAAAGCUUUAAUUAAUGCUGAAUUCAUCAUUCAUCCUUUAAAUUUAUCAUUAGAAUUAUUUGAUAAAAUUAAAGCUGAAGAAAUAUCUUACAUUCUAACAAGUAUUUGGAAUUUUAUAAAAGAUUAUCAACCUAAUCCUUCACAAUAUCAAUCAUCAUCAUCAUCAUCGUCAUCAUCAUCACCACCAUCAAAUAAUACAAUCAUACCAACAUUUAAAAGAGUUUUUAGUAAUUGUAAUACAACACCAUACUCUUUAACUUUGAAAGCAAUAUUUCAUAAUCAUAUUAAAGAAUUAUGUUUUCACUAUGCUAGAUUCUUUCCAAAAAAAUAUUAUUAA